AUGGCCGAUUACUCACAGCAUGAGGGCCGUCCCUCCACGCCCACCGGCUCCUCGAGGACCUUCCGACCGAACGGGUCUAUGCGAGCCCUCAACACCAACCCGCCCAAGCAGGAGACCUUCUUCGACGAUGCCACCCCCGUAGACCGCUACAACGACUCCUCCAAGCACGAUCCGCUCCGGGACUCGCACGACCUUUCCUUCGCCGAGGGGGGUAACGUGAGGGACUCUGUCGUCGACAACAUGCUGCUCUCGCUCGACCAAUUCUCCACGGGCAACCUGUUCGGCGGCAGCUCAGGGCCCCAGUACAACAACUACGCCGAAGACGACUUCUUCCUCAGGGACAACUCGUACCGACCGCCCGGCGCCCGCCAUCGCGGCCACACCUACGCCUCGUCACGCUCCUCCGACUAUGACCUCAAUCCCGACGAGCACUCUCGAUACACAGUACACCACUCGCGCGCACGGCGAAGUAACAGCAGCAAUAACAUCGGCUCGCCAAUUCACAGGAAGGGAAGCACGCGGGACAUGUACACGGGCCGCCAAGGCACCGGCCAGUAUGGCCAGCUCCCACAGGCGGGCCAUUUGAGAGGCGGCAACAAGAAGGGCAGCAUGGGCAGCGGCUCCUCGAGCAUGGACUUUGGCCAGUCUGGCAUUUUGGGCAACCAGCGUCUUGGUUUUGGGAAGCGCUCGGCGAGUUUCGACCAUAGCAAUGCAAGCGACCGGGGUAGAGUCUCACCUCUCAGAGUUGAAUCUGUCUUGGACCGUGGCAGGGUUGCCUAUCAAAACUAUCCCGAUGAAUACGAUGCCGCUCCCGAGCCCACCAUCCCGGCUGGCCCUCGAAGGGUCCAGGAACCACCGCAAUCUCCCCUCGCUCUACCUCCCCAACCAGCCUUCGCCGCGCCACAAGGACCGAGGCCUGGCCGGAGAGGUAGUGUGCGUUCCAACACAAGCUACAGAACGCUGCGCAAAAACAAGAGCCAGCCAGGACCCAGCAUGAGAGCCCAGGCCCAGGAGUUUGUCAACGCCAGCACCUUGCGGGAGUUGCCUCCUGUGCCGUCAUGGCAUGACCCAUCCGCUCCCUCACCCUCUGUGGCCGCGCGAAGUCCCCUGUUCCCUGUGCAAACCCCAGCAGCGCCCAAGCCUGGCUUCUUCCGACGUGUCUUUGGCGGAGGCUCUUCCAAAGCUUCAUCACCACUCCCAACCCCCACAGGCCUACCGACGUUGUCGCAAGAAGCUUCAACACCCGUCUCCACCAAGCCACAGACGGCCGAUGUCAACUCCAUGUACUCUGCCGCACGACCCCGCACUACCCCGAACAACAGCAGUCACAUUGCUACGCAAAUAAAAUCGUUGCCAAAAGCCCCUCAAACCGCCAAUUCUUCGCAUGGAGAUGGCCAGGCAUUGCAGCCCCCCACGUUGGGCAAGAAGCCAUCAUCAUUCUUCCGCCGUCGGAAGAAGUCGAUAUCCGAAAACACAAAACCUCCAGUUGCCGCUCUCGAGAUCCCUCAACCAAACAGACCAGUCCUUCCGCCACAGCCCAGCCCCGGAGUUAGUAGUCUGCGCCAAGUGAUGAACCCUUAUUUGAACGAUGCAGGGCGCGCCGUUGAGAGACCCGUCGACGCGCGAGAUGAGCAGUCGGGCGACGCUUCCACGAAUGGAUUCUCACCAAACUAUAAACCACACAAGGAUGCAACAGUCCGCACGAUCAAGCCGACUUCGCGUGGGGAUGACCAGACACCGCCUGCUUCACGAGGAGGGAAACUGAAGGUUUCUGAGACGAACAACACAGGCAGUCCGAAGUUGAAGUUGAAAUUGAAGCACGCAAAAUCUGCUGCCCAAAAUCAGCAAGAAGACACUUUCCUUGCGGACAGUAGCGGCAAUGAGGACCGCAGUGGUCGUGCAACACCAACGGGAGAAUACAGUGGUACCGAAGAAGCACGGAGGCCAAGCACAGGACCCACUCCCUCAUCACUCAGACAAUCUGAUGGAAAAAGCAACCGCAAGCCAUCUGGCGAUCACCGGGCUGAGCUUCUGUCACCUCUCAACAACUCAACCUCUAGGAGCGGGUCAGUGUCACAAUCUGCUUCCGAGGUCGAAGACGAAGGUUGGGUCAUCACCGAAUCAACCGACAAGGUACAUCUUACCAACGGCAAGAGCCCGGCGGCGAAGCGUGUGUGGCUCGACACCACUCUGCCAGACACGCUUGGCGACACUUCUGACGAUCUCAAGCUACCCUUGGAAGGCGCGCGAUCGUCCCAGCAGUCACUCGACAAGGUUUCGCCAGACGCCAACACUCCAACCUCACCUAAUGACGUUUUCCACUCUGCUACGAGCCUGCCUAUCGUGCAAGUUGAAAGCCGCGAAUCUGACACCAUGCCUGCCAUUGUCGAGGACCGAUCGAUGCACAGCGAGCCUACUGAUGCUGAGCGCGAACGCGCAUUCCAGAUCUACAGCGGUGAUGAUUCUUCCAGUUUGAAGGCUCAAGCAGCCGCCCUGCUGGGCGAUGUCACUUUGUCCAGCACACGCAUGCGGAAGGCCUUCAUGGACCUCUUUGACUGGACAGGCAUGAAUAUCCUCGCCGCCAUGCGUGACCUUUGUGGCAAGAUCAUUCUCAAGGCCGAGACGCAGCAGGUUGAUCGCAUUCUCAUGAGUCUUUCAGAGCGUUGGUGUGAAUGUAACAGCAGCCAUGGCUUCAAGGCAGUCGAUGUUGUGCAUACGAUUUGCUAUUCCAUCCUGCUCCUCAACACCGAUCUCCACUUGGCCGACAUUGAGUCGAGAAUGACACGUAGUCAGUUCGUCCGCAAUACACUCCCGACCGUCACCCGCGUAUGUCAAGAUUCGGUCAAGGCUGCAGGAGAGGAGACACUGAAGCCGCAGCACGCCCACUUCCGAAGACCCUCUCUCCCGUGGAACGAUAAAUCAGAACCCAACUCCCCAGGCGCCGAAGCCACCACAUUUCCAGCGGACGAGGAAGAGCCUGUGGAGGCUAGGAAAACCCGCAGUCGUCUCUCGAUUCGCCCUCCUGCUAGGAGUGGCUCAGAGGGUCUGCUCUCCUUUGACUCUGCAGUGUCAGAGUCAAACACCCUCGUCAACUCACCAUACAAUGGCCCCAUGCGGGGAUGGGAGUUCCAGAUCGAAACUGUGCUCAAAGAGUUCUACGAUUCUAUCCGCAAGCAACGCUUGCCUCUCCACGGAUCUUCUGAGCCUGUUGUCCAUCACCAGCCUUCAUCUAACAAUCUCUCCGUUAGCAACAUGCUACGACGCACUCCCAGUGUGCUAAGCAAAGCACCUUCGGACAAUACCAGCUACCGUGGUCGGUCACAGAACGACUUCCGAAACGUGGGCAGUCGUUGGGCCUCUAAGAACCGCUCAAAGCAAAGAUUGUACCCUUCGUCUACUGUAGCAUCAAGUCGUACUAGCCUGGACGACGGAUCAGUGUGGAGCCCUGCUGGAUCCAGCUCUUGGAGUCGCUACUCUUACGGCAAGACGGGCACAUCAAUGUCGGUCGACUCUCUUGGCUCGCACUUUGCGACUGGCGACUAUCAACAGGCCAUCGGCUUUGCCAAUGCUCUCAGUCAAGCUAUCAUUCGCGAGGAAGGUAUGACUAUUGCCAGCGACGAAGAGUUCUCCCGCGUCGCCCCCCUGUUGGAAGACGAGACGCUCGAGCUUGUUGGAGCACCCUGGGCCAAGGAAGGUAUUCUCAAGCACAAACGACACCUUGAUUCGGUGGAUAGGAAAGCAAAGGAUCGAGCCUGGAAUGAGUGCUUCGCUGUUGUUGAGAAGGGCUGCAUGCGUCUGUUCUCUUUCAGCAUGAACUCCAAGUCGGUUCGGCAGAAGAGCAAACUGCGGCCGUCUGUGGGCGGUGUUGUAGGGGGCGGCAACUGGAUGGACAAUGCGGAAGCCCUGGACAGUUUCCCACUUCGACAGACAAUCGCAAGUGCUCUACCUCCCCCAGGAUACUCGAAGACAAGGCCUCACGUUUUCGCGCUGUCGCUGCCUACAGGUGCUGUCCAUCUCUUCCAGGUCGGUACACCAGACAUUUGCCGAGAGUUCGUGUGCACCGUCAACUACUGGUCCGCUCGUCUCUCAAAAGAGCCUUUAAUGGGUGGAGUCAGCAGCAUGGAGUAUGGUUGGGGCGAGAACGUCAUCAACCCAGCUCUGAUUCGACAAGACAGCGCACCAUCUGUACAAGGCCACAUGCCCCGUCCCAGUGUCACAAGCUCCCUUCGUAGUUCGAUGGACCAUGCCACCGGCACGCCCAAGGCCAGACUUCCCGGUGACAAGGUGACCCUAUCUGACUGGAGCCCACCGGCGUCUAGCAUGAUGGCUAGUACCCUGAUGGAAGUGGACCAGCUCAGGGCCCUUACCGACUAUGUUAAGAACAUUGAGAACGAGCUCUCGCACCACAAUGAACUGAGAGCGCCGUUACUCAUUGCCUUCUCCCCUCGCCACCCUAAUGCACAGAAGGCCAUGGCCAACUGGGAGCGCAAGUCGCAAUACCUCCUUCGUGAGAUUGUCAAGUUCCGCACCUAUAUCGACACUCUGGCAACUGCGCAAGCGCAGAAGCAAAAGAUCUACGCCGAGCGCGAAGCUCGUGAACAACAAGAGCUCGAGGAGGCAGAGAAGGAAGCAGAAGCCAGUGCGAAGAACACUGAAGAUGAUGGUGCGAUCCAAGCUUCCGAGCCUGCUCCAUCCAAGACCAUCCCGAACCCUGCUCUACCAGCAGCUUUCCUUUUACAUCCAUGA